AGAUGUUCUGUCUCGAGUUCAAGUUUCAUGCGUGCAAUUUUUUGGAGCUGGAAAUGCUAUUCAGCUCUAAGCAGCUUUUUUUUUUUUCAGCUAGUGAGUUGAUUUGUGAGCUACAUCCUGUUUUGGCUUGAGUGUUAUCCUUAUUGCAAUUAAUCCAGUGAUGUCUUAUACUUGGCUCAAGAGGUGGUGAUUGAUAUAGAGACACUGGCGGAAAGCUUUUCGUUUCUAAACUCCAAAAUGGCAGUUGAUAAUCAGCAAAUAUGAUAAAAGUAAACUUUGAGCACUAUUUCAAAAUUUAAUUGUUAUAAUAGGAAUUUAUAAAAGAAAAUAGAUACAUUGCGUCAUAUUUCAGUCUAUUUACGAAUAAGGCUGAAUAACCGGAGGCGAUCGAUCGGAUUAUAUUUCAGUCUAUUUACGAAUCUCAAAGUUGAUAGCUAGGAAAGAAAAAGAGGGAGGACGGACGGACGGACGGCCGGCGGCCAGAAGAAGCUUAGCAGCAUUCCGAAAACCAUAUUUCCCGGAUGCUGGACAAGGCAACGGCUAUUCCCCUUCCCCAACCUUCCUCCUUCCCCUCCUCUCCGUCUCACCUUUCCUCACACCCACUUAAACCAACCCUCAGCUGGAACUCCAUCGUCGCCGCUUCCACCCAUCCCGUUUCCCCUCCCCCAAUUCUCUCCUCCACAGGUCUUGGUGGUCGUCGUGGUGGCGGCAGAGACGUAUGGAGGAGAGCUCCACGGAACCACCAUUAUGUGGACCGGAGCGUGGACAUGGACGCCCUGCUUUCGGCCCUCAGCCAGACCACCACCCCCGAAGAGCUCUACGCCGUGAUGUCUCCUUAUCUCGGCACCCCCGACGGCCGCCACCAGCUCUCCCCUCGCUUCAUGGUCUCCCUCCUCUCCCGCGAGCCCGACUGGCGCCGCUCCCUCGCCCUCCUCGACUGGAUGCUCGACAUCGCCUCCUACCCGCCUUCCGUCUUCGCCUUCAACGUCGUCCUCCGCAACGCCCUCCGCGCCCGCCAAUUCCCCCUCGCCCUCGGCCUCCUCCACGAGAUGCGCCUCUCCCUCUCUCUCUCCCCCGAUGCCGUCACCUACUCCACCCUCGUCUCUGCCCUCGGCCAGGCCGGUCAUCUCGACGCCGCCCUCUCCCUCCUCCCCCUCCUCGACGCCGACGGCGUCUUCCCCGACCUCCCCCUCCUCACCACCCUCAUCGACCUCGCCCGCAAGCUCGGCGACCACUCCAAGGCCCUUUCCCUCUUCUCCCGCCUCCGCCGCGCCCGCAUCCCCCCGGAUCUGAUCGCUUUCAACUCCGCCCUCGCCGCCUUCGCCUCCGCCGGUCUCCUCCGCGACGCCCGCCGCCUCCUGUUCGACGAAAUGCCCGCAGCCGGGGUCGCCCCAGACGCCAUUUCCUACUCCACCCUCCUUGCCGCCCUCGUCCGCCGCCGUCGAUACCUCGAGGCCCUCUCCCUCUUCAACGACAUGCGCGCCCGCCGAGCGCCCCUCGACCUCACCACCUGCAACGUCAUGCUCGACGCCUACGGCCAGCUCGACAUGGCCCGUGAGGCCGACCGCCUCUUCUGGAGCAUGCGCCGCAUCGGCAUUCCCCCCAGCGUCGUCUCCUACAACACCAUGCUCCGGGUCUACGGCGACGCGGAGCUCUUCGGCGAGGCCAUCCACCUCUUCCGCCUCAUGCAGCGCAAGGAGAUCGAGCAGAACGUCGUCACCUACAACACCAUGAUCCGAAUCUACGGCAAGUCCCUCGAGCACGAGAAAGCCGGCAACUUGGUGCAGGAUAUGCAGCGGAAAGGGAUCCAGCCCAACGCCAUCACCUACUCCACCAUCAUCUCCAUCUGGGGACGCGCCGGGAAGCUGUUCCGCGCCGCGAAGCUCUUCCAGAAGCUGAGGAGCUCCGGAGUGGAAAUCGACCCAGUGCUCUACCAGACCAUGAUCGCUGUGUACGAGAGGUCCGGCCUCGUGGGGCAUGCCAAGCGUUUGCUCCACGACCUCAAACAUCCUGAAAACAUUCCUAAAGAGACAGCAAUCAAGAUUCUCGCCAAUGCCGGUCGGGUCGAGGAGGCGGCGUGGGUAUUCCGACAGGCGGUUGGUGCGGGUGAGGUGAAGGACAUAUCGGUGUUCCGGUCCAUGAUGGAUUUGUUCUCAAGGAACCGGAAGCACAAGAAUGUCGUAGAGGUGUUCGAGAAAAUGAGAGGGCAGGGUUAUUUCCCAGACUCGGAGAUGAUCGCCAUUGUCCUAAAUGCUUACGGAAAGCUGCAGGAAUUUGACAGGGCUGACGCCCUCUAUCAGGAGAUGCGGGAAGAGGGUUGUGUUUUCACGGAUAGGGUGCACUUCCAGAUGCUAAGCCUCUUGGGGGCGCGGAGAGAUUUCGAGGGGCUGGAGGCAUUGCUUGAGAGGCUCCGCGAUGACCCCAACAUUGACAAGAGGGAGCUGCAUCUGGUAGCGGCUGGCGUCUAUGAGAGAGCGAACAAGCUUGAUGAAGCAUCAAAAAUCAUUGCUCAGAUAAAAAAUUCAAACGCCAUUGCUUUUAUUUGAUUGGAUGUGAGAAUCAUUCUUUUUGUUAUCACAACAGCUUGAAACCAAUUCACUGAUGCCAUUGUCCGGUGACUUCACCAACUGUGUAAACGAGCACCUUCAAUUUGAAUCAUCAGGAUAUUUUACUGAUAGGUUAGGCUUCCGUAGAUUGCACAAAUCUGCUUCAUUUUGUAAGAUAAUCAAAUCCCAUCUUCCUCUGUUGUUGCAGUUAUUUAGAAAAACGGACAAUAAGCUUAGGGUAUAUUAUGCUUCAUGCUUCUCAGUCACACUACUUGUGCGCCAAGGAUUGUGUAUAUGAUGUACGUUGAUCAUAGAAGAACUGAUGCAAAUCUUCUGAAUAUCUGGAUUGAUUCUAGCUAUUGGCUUUUAUCGAGGCCUCAUCUUUGUAGAUUGUUUACGUUAUUGUCUUCAGUUUCUAACUUUGGCUGUACGCAUUAAACCUUCAUUACAUUCCUGCUUGUUUGCGGAGCGC